GGGACAUGCAGGUCAGCUGGGUCGCGGGGGCCAAAGCUGCGGGGAGAGUGCAUGUACCCGAAGGUGGAUCCAAGGAGGAGAGGACGCGCAUGGUGGAAGGGUGGAAGUGGAACAAUGCAAAGCUCUGACCUGAGGAAAUUUAAAAGGCCCAGCGGGACGUUGUCAUUCAUCACCAAGUAUCCCAGAACCUGCACGGCGCUUAAACGCUCACUGCAUGCACUUCGAGAUCGCGUUGCUCAGGAUUCCAGCAUACGUCGACGCUCGGCCAUCAAC